UUGACGAUAUAAGCUUUUGCCAGUAAAACCAGUCCACGCCGCCGCUCGCCAGAAUGAUGCCUCAGGUGCUCUUGAUCUCCCGCCUGCGCCUCGCCCCUCUCCUCUACGACGGCCACCACCUGCGACGCUCUCUCUCCGACGCUGCUGCCAAACUAUCUGACGAGUUGCCUCCUGGCGCUCCGCCGCCGACCUCCGACUCCAGGCUCUUCGGCGCCGGGUUGUCGUGGUCCGUGGACGAGCGCUCCCUCACGGACGCCUUCUGCUCCUUCGGCACCGUCACCGAAGUUCGAGGUCAGAUGGUGCACGGGUUAGGUGUUCGGCAAAAUGCCGUGGAGGACGUAACACGUAAGCCACCCCAUCGCACCCAGGCCCGCAGCCUGUUCGACGAAGUUCCUGUUAGGGACGUGGUCACCUGCUCGGCGGCAAUCUAUCGGCAUGCGAGGAGUGGGUUAUUCCAUGAGUCAGCUGGGCUGUUUGUCAGCAUGAUGAGGGCAGUUAGAAUAAUGUAUGACAAAAACUCAGGAAGGUCAAGAGGCUUUGGAUUUGUUCAUUUCUCAAAUGAUCAUGAAGCUAAGUGUGCCAAGGAUGCUAUGGAUGGGAAGGUAAUGCUAGGGCGUCCAUUGCGAAUAAGUUUUGCUCUAGGAAAAGUCCAUGGUGCAUCAGUUAUUGUUCCUCGACUUGCUAUAGUGAGAAAAAAUAAGCAAUGACAUGUUCAUUCGCUUAGUUCCCAGAAACAGAAGCACGCCUGCUAUUAACAAGUUGGUCUUUUGAAAUAUUGUUUGUACUGGCCUUUUAUCAUCUGCAUAUAUAAAAUCUUUGUACAAGUCAAAUUAAAUCUGUGAAAUUUGUGAAAAUCGAAUGUUUAAUUAUAUUGACUCUUGCCUCUUGUUGUUUA